UCAUAAUCUCCCUAACACACCUUAAUCGAUGAUCGAUCUGUUUUUGCUUCUCCCCUGGAACGAAACCAAUGUCAGCGAUUCCACACACUACCUCCAGCGUUUUCCUACACCACCUCCGACGCCGCCCACAUACACAUCGUCUCUAACCUACGAUGCUCCCCAUACGUGAUUACAAUCUCGAGCAACACUGCUGCCAGCAGCACCAACACUAACACCUCCACCCUACCAAUGCAGUCUCUGCCUCCACUGUGCCUCUACCCUGCUUCCUCUCAUUGCUCACUUCCUUCCCUCCUUCUUGGUACCGGUCCUCCCCUCUCUUAUGAUAGAUUCUUCAGUCGCCUACAAACUCCUCUACCCUGCUCCUUCGACUCUCUCUAGCGUUUCACUGGCGCUACCUCCAUUCCGCCUCCCUUGCAUUACCCCCACUUUGCCUACCCAGUGUAUCCUGCUUCGUUAUCUCUCUCUAGCCACCAAUUACAGCCAGUUCCAGGGCUUUUCAAAAAAAAAGAGAAAUGGUGUUUUUAGAGCCAAGAAGGGGAAACAAUAUAAGCCAGGUUUAGGGAUGGGUUCUGGGUAUCAAUACCACAAGGAAGGGUGAAGAUACAUUUAUUAAAGGGAACAAUAGGUAUGGUGUAUAUGAGCUUGAGUCCAAUGGUAAUGUUGCAUUUGUACACGUGAUGGGUUGACAUUUGGAGAUGACAACUUCUUGUAAUGAUUUAUCAAAUUGUUGCUGUAAACAUACAUUCUAUAUGUGAAUGUGAAUGUUGUAUUUUGUUUAUUAAUUUAACUUGUUUAUUAGAGUAACGUACAUGAUGUUAAUUGGUUAAUUUUUGG